AUGGCGGCAGGCCAGGGCAACCUGAUUCUCCAGCGUGCCACCACCACCGUCCUCGCCGCUACCAUGACCUCCGCCUCAGGCACAACAGGAACAGCUACAGCCACAGCCACAGGCUCGCCGGAUGCUCCAGGAGAUCCAGGGAACGGCAAAUGCGAACUGCUCGGCCCUUUUGCGCUGGUCAUUCAGGUGUCUCUGGGAGCCCUGGCGCUGCUGGUGCUCGUAUACAAGCGGUGGAAGGAGAGGCCGCAGCGGCCAGUCAAAGUGUGGGCGUUUGACGUGUCGAAGCAGGUCUUUGGCUCUUCCAUGCUGCAUCUCGUCAAUUUGCUGGCCUCCAUGCUCUCUGCGGGCCAGAUAUCGCCGGAUGACGCUCAGACAAAUCCCUGCAGCUACUAUCUUCUCAACCUUGGAAUCGACACUACGCUUGGAAUCCCCAUUUUGAUACUCAUAUUGCGAGUGCUGAACCAUGCAGCGCUGUAUACCCCCCUGGCCAACCCUCCAGAGUCCAUCGAGUCAGGCCACUACGGCCGCCCACCCAAAGUGCUGUGGUGGUUCAAGCAGUCGAUGAUCUACUUCUUCGGUCUCGUUAUCAUGAAAAUAUGCGUUCUCUGCAUCAUCUACUGGCUCCCCUUCAUCGUCCUCAUAGGCGACUGGGCCCUCCGCUGGACAGAAGGCAACACCGCCGUCCAGAUCUUCUUCGUCAUGCUGCUGUUCCCCGUCAUCAUGAACGCCGUGCAGUACUACAUCAUCGAUAUCUUCAUCAAAAAGCGUGCCUUUGAUCAUGAUCCGCUACAGCAGAACGACGAUGACCAUGACUUCGACGACGCGGCUUCUAUCAGCAGCGAUAGACAUCGCCGUAGUGCGCUGCUGGCAGGACUAGACGACGAGGAUAAUUACGCCGCCAGUGAUGAUGAGGUCCUCGAUACGGCGCCUGCCAUCUUUUCCGACGACGAGGACAGCUCCAAACCUGCUAACGGCCAGGUCUCUUCCCGCAACAACAAGCCUGCUUCCUUACCACAUUCCUAG